UAUAUAAGGGAGGACCGGAUGGGACUAAUGCCCUGUUACUUGUACUUAGCUCUAUGGAGCCUUCAAUGAGUACUAAUUUUUUGCAAUUUUCGGCAAGAUGCAUUAGUUCACCAACUACCUCGACAGAGUUGAAAAAUGGAAAUCCCCCGGAGAAAAUUAAAAAGUUUAGUACAAUAUUUGACAAUCUUCGGUCUACUCUCUCUUCUAAUUUACACAGUCAGCAGGUUUAGCAAUGUACAGGAACGGAAUGAAACUAGACCUGAGAAAGAGCUUCUGGAUAAAGGUUUGGGGAUUAUGUCUGAAAAUCAGAAAGAUGAAAGAGAUAUUCCCAAGAAGGCACUUGAGGUUGUUGGAAUAGAAAAUAUACAAGAAGACGAGAAGCUGGAUCCAAACAGAUUGAUUGAUUGGCAUGAUUGGGACCAAAUAGCAGAGGAGAAGCAAAGAGUUGGACCAGGAGAACAGGGGAAGGCUGUUGUGAUAUCUCCUGAAGAGCAAAGUCUGCAUUCAGAUCUUUUCACUUCAAAUGGAUUCAGUGGGUAUGCCAGUGAUAAAAUAUCCGUUAACAGAUCUAUUCCUGACAUACGUCAUGCUGGAUGCCGGACUAAGCAGUAUAAAGCAAAUCUGCCAACUGUUUCUGUUGUUAUUCCUUUUUUUAACGAGCACUGGACUACACUACUCAGGACUUUUUUUUCUGUUAUUAACAGAUCACCCGAGCACCUUUUGAAAGAGAUCAUUCUUGUUGACGAUGCAAGUACCAAGUCCAACCUUGGGUCCCAACUUGAUGAAUUUAUUGGAAAAAUACCGAAAAUGAGGAUCGUCAGGAUUAAGGAAAGAUCUGGUCUGAUAACAGCUCGACUGGCGGGGGCCAAGGUGUCAAGUGGGGAGGUUAUUAUCUUCCUAGAUUCUCAUACAGAGGCGAACGUAAACUGGUUGCCACCCCUACUAGAUCCAAUCGCUACGGAUUAUAGAACAGCUGUUUGUCCCUUCAUAGAUGUUGUGGAUUAUAAUAACUUCGAAUACAGAGCUCAAGAUGAAGGUGCACGAGGAGCUUUUGAUUGGCAACUUUACUAUAAAAGAUUACCAUUACUACCUGAGGAUAAAAAGCAUCCAACAGAACCAUUUAAAUCUCCAGUUAUGGCCGGAGGACUCUUUGCAAUGAGCUCAAAAUUUUUCUGGGAGUUGGGAGGAUAUGAUCCUGGUUUGGAAAUCUGGGGAGGAGAACAGUAUGAACUCAGCUUUAAGUUAUGGCAAUGCGGAGGAACUAUGGUGGAUGCUCCUUGUUCUAGAGUUGGUCAUAUUUACAGAAAAUACUCCCCUUUUGGCGGGGCAGGAAGAGGAGACUAUUUAGGAAGGAACUAUAAGCGCGUGGCAGCAGUGUGGAUGGAUGAGUAUGCAGAGUAUGUGUAUCAGCAUCGACCUCAUUACAGGAAUAUAGACCCCGGAGAUAUUUCAGAACAGAUUGCACUCAGAGAAAAACUGCAAUGCAAACCUUUUAAAUGGUUUAUGCAGGAAGUUGCAUUUGACCUUUACAAACAUUAUCCUCCAGUAGAACCUGCCGACUUUAUAGGAGGAGAAUUCAGAUCUAAAGAGAAUCCUGAAUACUGUGUUGACUCUAAGUUUGUCCGAGCCAAUGAAAGAAUAGGAUUUGAACCGUGUUCCAAGGGGACCGGUGGAGAACAGAAGUUCUCCCUUACCUGGAGAAAGGAUAUCCGACCGAGCAAUAGGAAGAAGAUAUGCUGGGAUGUUUCUAGUUACGAGGCUCGGUCCCCGGUUCUACUCUAUGAUUGUCAUACUCAGGGUGGAAACCAAGGUUGGAGCUAUAACCAGGAAGAACAAUGGAUUGUUCAUGGAGGGAAUCCUCGUUGUCUAGAUGGAAACCCUGAAACCAAGGAGCUGUAUGUAUCAAAAUGUGAUAGAAGCUCUAAAACUCAGAAAUGGAUUGUAGAGAAUAUAAACACAGAGCAGCUCAAGAAAUGGGAGGAUCCGACCAAAGAUUUAUAAAAAGAUUAUUUAUGACACCCUGGAGUAGUAGAAACGUUUACUAGUCGAAUCUAUCUUCUUGUCAGCUGUAAAAAAAGAACAUUUUGAAUCAAAAAAAACAACUUUAUGUGUAUCUCACUGUAGACUGUAGAGAGAUUUGACAAAGGGAAAUAUUGUUAGAAAUCAACCUAAAAGUUAAUACCUUGGUUGAAGGAAGGAUGACUCACCCCGAUAUUUUGUUUAGCGAAUAUUAAUUUCAUUUUUGAAGCUCAUAAACUAAAUAUUUUUUAACAAAUUAAAUUGAUUAAGCAGGAAAACAGAAAAUCAGCUGUUUAUUUAGUAGUUACUGUAAAUAUGAACAUUAAAAAUCAAAUCCAAUAAAAAGACUAAAUAUUAACUUCAAUUUGUGGAUACAAAUGUUAUUUCAUUAUUCAUAGUUUUAAAAUUUUUAUAUUGUACCAAUGUACUUUUGUACUCCUGUGAACGCUUGUACAGUGUACAUUGUACACACCUCUGUAUGUACCAUUCUUCUAUUACCAACACCACCUGUGAUAUAUGAAAUGCAUUCCAAUUUACCAAAGUUUAUAAAAACAAAUGUUGGCAUUUAACCAAAAAUCUACAUUCCACGAUUUUAUGUCUUUUUAAACCACAAUUUCAUUUUAAG